UUUUUUUUCACAGCUCGCGAGUUUCGUUUUUGCAUUCGUACCGUGUGAAGAACUUGCGCCCCGGAAUAAAAUAAAAUUCGGCCGCGAUUGCAACUUUCGAUCAGUGAAAUCUGUUCCGGUAGUUUUGAAUGGGAUCAAGUUCUCUCUGGUUUCGUGACAAACAGUAAAUCAAUUAUCGCCAAAACUGAAGCGGAAAAGUUUAAACAUCCCAAUCCAGCGGAUUGGGUUAUCGAUUCGGUUAUCGAACCGUUCCGCUGCCACCGUACAGGGCGCAGAAUCCUCCAAGCGGGCGAGUGUUUAGAGAGAGCGAGCAACAGCUGGAAAGUGAAUUCUGUGCAUAAAUGUAGAAGAAGUAAAAAAGUGAAUUUGUUCCCGGCGAAGUUGUUUCGAAUAUCACACAGCAUAAGAAAGACUAAACAGUGCAAAUAAUAUCCCGUGAGUGAGGAUCCGGUUUCCGGACCAGACGAGAUAAAUUAAAAAACCUGCAGUACGGAUCGAAAUCGCAGACCGCCGAAGAAAACGAGAUUUGCAAACAGCAGAUAAGGUCAACAGCGUUCGCGAAACCCGAGCAGACAUUCUUAUUCUACGACACCAUCUAUCAUAGAAGCUCCAUGGAAACAUCAACUCACUCUCCAGAAGGAUAGAGUUGGUAGGAGUCGUCACUAGUGAAACCCGCUGUGUAACAGCUUGCACGACCCCUCGCAGUCUGCCAGCCAAGAAGUAACAAAUUCCUUACUGCUGCCGACUUGGAUCAGAAAGAGCACCCCGCGACGGCAGUCGUCAGUCUGGCUCGUUCCGUUGGUGGCAGCAAAAUGGCACGGCACAUCAUGGCGGUGUGUGUCGUGUGCUUACUGUGUGCCGAUCAUCUACCCUGCAAGCAGCACGAUGCCGAUUCCGGGUCGGAACCCCGGCUAUCGGGUGGUAGCACAUUUUCGACAGUAGCAGCGAUGAAUUCCAUCUUCCGCAGGCCGGAUACCGUUGCGCCAGGAAAGGUGCACUUGGUGAAGCGACAUACCCACGAUCACGACCAUCACCAUCAUGGUGGUGGACACGAUCACGAUCAUGAUGACGAGGAUGAUGAUCGGACGGCGGAGGUUCGCGAUAAGUUGGACACAUUUAUGGUGUCCAUAUUUAAGGAGUUUGGUGAUCCCACAUCCAUGACGAUGGAUGUGGCAGGAUUCGAGAACAUGAUGAAGCGGUUGAACAUGUACCGAUUGGUGACGGAACGGAUUGGUGGAAGUGGUAGCAGUAGCAGUUUAGUGACUUCGUCAGCCCACGAUCGGGACGCAGAUAGUGAUGAUGCGUGCAUCAACAGUGUCGCAUUUGUUAAGCGGAUAGCAAUCCCCAAACCACUGGCAAUGGCCACGACGGGACCAGCGGAAAGACUCUCUCAAAACAAUUAUGAUAGUGCGGCUAGCACCAAUACCAGUAGCAGCAGUAGUAACAAAUCCAAUACCACCGUCAGUGUCGGUGGUAGCAGUAGUAAUAGCACUGUUCCUAGUGAAAGGACACCUUCCACGAAAUCUAAUGGGAGUAGUAACGGUAGCAUCACGAGCGAACUAGAUCGGUUGAAGGCGUCAAUCCGGCUGGAUCGGGAUGAUCUGUUCAACAUCUGUCCGAUUCUUUUGGCACAACUUGCCUCGAAAACGUCACGACAGCGAGCCGGAUGUAUCGACCCGACCGUGGUUCCGGAGCUGGCCAGUUUGGCCACCGAAGCAUCGCUGUAUCCCUCAAAGGAACACGUUGGUGAGCAGGGUGACAGCACGAUCGAAUUGUCGGUUUGGAUCUACUCCACGCUGGCAGUGCUGGGUGUUAGUUUAUGUGGUUUGCUGGGCGUGGCUGUGAUACCUUGCAUGGAUAAGCAUUUCUACCAGCAUGCGAUACAGUUUCUAGUGGCACUGGCUGUGGGGACACUUUGCGGGGACGCUCUGCUUCACUUACUCCCCCACGCCAUGAUGGCUACAACGAUGAAAAAUUCCCACGACGAAAUGAUGUUCAAGGGACUGGCUGCCGUGGGGGGAAUCGUUUUCUUCUACUUUAUGGAGCGCUUCCUGACAGUCGUAGCUGAAUGGUACAAACACCAGGAAAAGAAGGACAAACCUUCUUCGCGGGUGAGGGUGAUGCGUGAACCCGAGUCCAGCUCGUUGCAAAUAGCCGGCAGUGGCGAAAAGCAGUGCAAACACAAGUACAGUUCCUAUCCCUAUUGCUACGAUGAGAUCGCAACGGAAACCAAGGACGAUCAUCACGAGCACAACCACAUGGAGAACCAUCUCCACAACAAUCACAACAACGCAUCGGCCAAGUGUGCUAACAACCAUAGCGCCGUUGAUCAUGGCGGAGAGCACACCGGAGAUUACGUCAGUCUCCAUCACAUCAGUUCCAAGGACGAUUCCACCAACCAGGACAAUAACACGGUUUCCACCAAUUUGGACGAUGCAUCGAUCGAAAGUGAAUCCACUAAGCCGAAGAUGCAAGCCGAAAACUACACCAUCAUCUUGCGGGAGCAUGAAACGAAGCACCACGGACACACCCACAUGCACGGUCAUGUUCAUUCGCCGCCGGGAUCGCUGUCUGCGGUAGCCUGGAUGGUCAUCAUGGGCGACGGGCUGCACAACUUCACCGACGGUAUGACCAUCGGAGCGGCGUUCGCGAACAACAUUGCCGGCGGGUUCUCGACGGCCAUUGCCGUCUUUUGUCACGAACUUCCGCACGAGCUGGGAGAUUUUGCGGUGCUGCUGAAGGCGGGCAUGUCCGCCCGGGAUGCCGUGUACUACAACUUGCUGUCAUCGAUUCUGAGCUUUAUUGGCGUUAUAAUCGGCAUCGUGAUUGGGCAUCAACCGGAGGCUUCGGCCUGGGUGUUUUCCGUGGCGGCUGGACUGUUCCUGUACAUUGCACUGGUGGACAUGAUUCCCGAGUUGACGUCCGCCCACGGUACGGAGGACCGUUGUAAAACUUCCGAGUUCCUGUUGCAGUUCUUCGGCAUGACAUCCGGUUUCGGCAUCAUGCUUCUGAUUGCAAUGUACGAGCACGAUCUCAAAGAACUGUUCGUUGAUUAAAUGCACUCACGUUGCUAAACCCACUAUAGGACAUAGUGGCGCUCCAUCUUCACUAUUGAUUGCAGUCCGCAGUAGCGUUGUGGUACACGGAUGCUUCUGCGCCGAAGCCGGAUCAAGAGCGCAGUUAUUCUUUCGCCGGAGAAUUAAUAGAUUAUGAAUGCGUGUUUGACUUCGAUAACACUUUUGCGGAUUAUGAAGAAAACGGUCCUUUUGGAUAAAGGAUCGACAUUUUCUACGGAGUUGUAUGUACAUAGAACGAAUACGUGUGUAACGAAUUUCAGUUUUGACGUCAAGUAAGCAAAAAGUAUUAGAUGCGGCUUAUCAGUUUUCUAAGAUUUUACUUUUUUUUCUAAAUUAACCAAAAAUUUUAUCCUAAUUUCUAGCAAUUAGCACGUUUUACUAUAAUUUUAGUUCAUUUUCUAUGGCCCCUAAUAAUGUAAUUGAUUUGGUUUACAGUUUUACACCUAGGUACAAAGCGAUUUUAAGCUGGAAAAGAACAUUUUCAAAGUCAUUCGCACCAUCCUCGCUCAACAUCUCUUUAAAACAGUGUACUUACUGUUCCAAGUGAAGAGAUGUAGUAUCUCUUUACACUUUUGCAAUUCUCAUACAGUUCAGUUUCCACGAUCAAUCGGAGUUUAGUAGUCGAUAGUUUUAUACUUUUACGUAGAGAUCACCAGCAUUUAUAAAAAAGGAAAGAUGCAACCUUUCUCAGUCUAAUUUCAUUCUGUCGCACUGCGUUGUUUGUGUAGAUUUUAAGUAGGUACGUAACAAAUUUUAGUGACCUUUUUUUUGCAAAUUGUGUUAACUAUGCUAAGUAUUAGGGUUGUAGGUCAUAGACGACACGAAUAAAAUAAUACAUCGUCUCAUUUCGAGAUGAAGUUAACUUAUCUCCAUUCAGUCUACACUAACUUGUGUAUCAUCAGCUGAUUUACUUAAGUAAGAGCACAGCCGUAAUAAAAAAAAAUACAUUCGUAAGUAGGAUUAAA